UUCGUGGUCUGACCGUUCCAAAUUUUUAACCUGUUCCACAAUUAAAACUGCCCCUGUUCCAGUGUUCCCAUAUAUCAAAGUUUGUCCGACUAGACACCCUUAAGCUAUUAACAAAUUUUCAGCUUGCUAUUAAUCAACUUUUUUUUCAUACGCGGGAUCCAGAUCUAAUACUUUCCUACAUCCUAUCCCAUUUUAUCUUUUACAGAUAUUCACACAUCAUUGAAAACAAAAAGACCGACGCCGUUUCGAUGCGAGAUAAGGUGAAAUGUUGGGAGAAAAUAAAAGAAGAGUUUAAUGGGACAACACUAGAAGGGACUAGAGAUAUUCAAACGUUAAAAAUUUUCUACCAAAAUUCCAAACGAACCUUAAAAAAGGAACGAGCGGAAAAGAAUAAGGAUGCGUAUAUUACUAUUCUACAGAAUACACUGGAUAACAGGAAUGGAGAUGAAAGAGAAGAUGAAACUCUCGCAGAUAUUCAAAGUAUUUAUAUUAGUGUAGAACAAUAUACGCCUGAAGAACAUGCAGGCGAAUUGGGGAUAAAAGAAGAACUGAAGCGCAUGGAAAACGUAGAAAAGGCAUGAGUUACCAAUUUUAUUAUUGUAGGUAUAGUACGCUCGAAAAUCGGCUAGAAACUUUCAACGAACAUAAAAAUAUUCAAUUUGGCAACAUUGUGUGAAUUGGGCCUAUUGGGACCGUACAAGUUCGGCAAAGCGACACCUAUUUCCACGCUCUGCAACUUUAUUCGCACUUUUAAUUAUAUUGGCCAAUUAUAUUAGUCCUGGUUACUGGAUAAUUGUCAAGGCCAUAGCCCAAAAAAAUAAUAAGAAAAAAUAAGAUUCAGGUUAUGUUAUUAAAACGUAAACAAUUGUAUGUAGUAAAUAAAAUUAGUUAUUAAAAUGCAGUACUGCAAGCAAAAUACAAUUAAU